AUGUUGGAGACACGUCAUAGGAAACCAGAUUCUGACCCUGUGUGACUGUUAGAUCAAAUCACAGUCUGGAACACAAACGAUCGAUAGAGAGAACUCUCUUUCAUCGAUCCGAGACGGUUAUGUUAUCAUGGAAGACAAUGCAAGGACAAGGAAAUAUUGAAUUGAAACGUCUUAAAUCAGUCCUUCAAGACAACAGCUACAAACAGUGGAUGUUUAGAAUCUCGCCAAAGACAGGUACGAAAUUAAAGGUAAAGUCGUCUCCGAUAGUGCUCACAGUGUCUCACUUCGCUACGUGCAAAGAGUUUCAGAAAAGCUUACAAAAGUUUUCCAAAAAUACGGAGUUGGCACAUUCAACAAGCCUUUUCACACCAUCUGGCAGCAUUUUCAGUGGAGGAUUCAGGGGAGGUGUCCGGCUUGCCUCCCCCCCCCCUGAUUUUUAGAGCAAACUGAGGCCCGAAGGGCCUAAAAAAAAUUUUUUGAGACCGGGCCCAACCCCUUGCCUUAUCUCAGGGUCUGGAGGACCGACCACCCCCCAUCCCCACCCCUCCCCCCCUUUAUCUGAAGGUCCAGAUCCGCCACUGAUUUGGUCCACCUCAAAGAUCCGAGACCAAGGGGAAACGAGAAUGUGGAAGUUCAGUGCGAAGGCUGUGAUGAUUUCUACAUUGGGGAGACAGCUAGUCCUUUUGGAAUGAGAUUCAAGGAACACGUUGCAAUAACAAGGGCGUCAACAAGGGCGGUUGGGGAUCAUCUAAAGUUGUCAGGCCGCCAGUCCUUCGAUAUGUCCUCCUUUGCGAUCCUCGCGAGGGAGGGGGACACGUUCAAAAGAAGAGUUAGGGAGGCCAUUGAAAUAUUUUGUCGGGCUCCAACAUUGAGCAGAGACGCUAAUUGCGAGUUCCCCGCAAUCUAUCGAGACGUUUUGUCACGUGAUUCACAGUGUAAAUCACAUGACAUAACGCCCAAAUCCAUCUCAUGAUAAAGAUUCCGCUAGGGAAUCGAAAGCUUGUGUGUUAAAAGUUUUUUCCCAUCCUGUCAUCGUUUAUUAUAUCAUUAUGUAACUCUUUUUUGGCAUAAAGGUACCAAGGAACAUUAGCCAACUUUCGAAAACGAUAGCCAUUUCCCAGGUUACUAAUCUUCAGCAGAAAGAGAGGACUGCGCAAAUUGGACUGAAAAAAGCACAGACAAAAAAUAAUUUCUGUGUUAAUUUAAUUUCUGUGUUUUAAUACCAGCCGUUCUUUCUUCGUUUCACUUCAAGUUCACAAAAGUUUACAACAAAGAAUUCAACUUAUUUACAUACACGAAUGGAACAUGUGAGAUAAGGCCAGGGCUUGUUUGUUAAGGAGAGAAAUAUAAAUGUUGAUACUUCUUAGGGUACUCAGUCCCACUUCCGGGUAGAAAUAUACACUGCUUGGACAAAGCACAGACAAAAAAAUCGCUUUGUCAACUGCCGGAAUAGGCAGUUUCUUUCUCUCUUAGUCCAGAUGCACUACCACUAAGCUACAGGAGAGUCUAGGGAUAUAAGACCACCUCAGUGGCGGAUUUAGCGGGGGGCCCGGGGAGCCCGGUCCCCCCCCCCCCCUUUAUUUUUAGACCAAACUGAGGGCCGACAAACAAAUUUUUGGGAGACCGGGGACCCCAUUAUCUCAGGGGCACCCAACGUCAAUUUUCGGAAAAUAUAACUGUUCGGAAGACGAUUUGAGAUCUAGAAUUUUCGGAACAGUUGUAAAAUUUCUUGCUCGCUUGCCUCUCCUUGGAUUUUCGAACAUCUGAAAAAUGGUGUAAUUGCCUAUUUUUAACGGAUUUUUACCCUAAAAAGGUCACCUAGAAUUUUCGGGAGCCUUUUUUCGGGCUGAAAUUUUCGAAACGCUACGUUUUGAUCUCUAUAUUUUUCGGAUCACCAGACUUUCAGCUAGGAAAUCCGAACAGACGAAAAAUUUUUAGGGGAUAAAAAUAUGCCUAUAUCCACCGUUUGAGUACUAAAACACGUUUAACAAUGCUAUAUUUAAAUGGUUUUGGACUAUAUUCUCGUUGGGUGCCCCUGAUUAUCUGAGGGUCGGGAUGGGUCAGGUGACCUCUGAAGGUCUGGAUCUGUUACUGUACCUUACCACGACUGAAAUGUCUAUAUGUGCUUACGAGCGAUGGUAGAAAUGUGAUGACUGACUGAAAACUUAUCUUUCGCAGGAAGAUACUUUUAAAGGUACUACAUUUCAAACGCUGCGCUGGCUAAUUUCUUCUCGCUCUUUUUUCGCACUUCAAGCGAUUUGGUCUUGUCGCCUUUAAUAUGCCAUGAGAGCCUCCUGGAGCACGACAUGAUUUAAAGGCCUCAUACUGAAACCUGGGGUUCAACUGGCUGCACUUGCAAGUGAAGAAGCUAAGGCCAGAAUAGAUAUUAACAAACUGUUUUAUUAUAUAACUUAAGUCAUUUUCAUGUCUAAAACCCGAGUCGCCCUAAAGUGCUGAAAGUUGUGCUCAAGUCGAGCCCGAUCUUCUCUUUAUCGACAAUAGCAGGACGUUUGAAGCGGGGACUAACAAUGGUGCUUUCGAUGUUCUGCUUAAGAGCUUUUGCCGUUUGCCAAAAACGGGCGAUCCUUGCUUUUACCAAAAAAUAUCUUAAAGAGAAAAUGAAGUCGUUACGUUUUCUACGAGUAAACGUACUUGGAUUUAAACAAAAAGGGAAUUUUUGAUAACACUUUUUUUUGCAACUUAACCGUGCAUUGUCACACCGUAAAGGAACUUUCAGAUUUUACCACUUUGUUUAUCUGCUGUGUCAUCUAAAGUACCUUAUUGUUACGGCUAUGACGUCGUAAUUUCUGUGUUUACCCGCCGUUCUUUCUUCGUUUCACUUCAGUUGCACAAAAGUUUACAACAAAGAAUUCAACUUAUUUACAUACACGAAUGGAACAUGUGAGAUAAGGCCAGGGCUAGCUUGUUAAUGAGAGAAAUAUAAAUGUUGAUACUUCUUAGGGUACUCAUUCCCACUUCCGGGUAAAAAUAUACACUGCUUGAGCCCUUUUUCGAUCGAUAGGUUAAACAUUGUUGAACAACAACGCGUGUACAUUUGCAUAAAGCCCGUUCAACUCUCGUAAUUUUUGCACAUUACUUUUCCAAAUGUUUGUUGCUAUUGGUGGUCGAUGCCUUAUUUUGGACAAGAGAAGAAACGUUUUUUGGUAGUUUAUGGUACUUUAUAAAUCUUUCAACGGCUUCAUAAUCCGAUGAAUCUUCUUUUAAUUAUGUACAUGAAUUUACAAAUUUUAAACGACAGCCUCAAUUAUUUAACAGGCUUCGCAAACGACAGGUAUAAAUGUUGCAAUGAUCUAACUUUUGCUAUGAAAAGGAGAAAACUUGAUAUAUUUCAUGCUAUUAUCCCUGGAGGUUAUCUGAGUACAUGACUUGAAGCUUGAAGAUUAAAGCGAUCGGUGACAGGAAAUCAUAAGGGCCUUGACUCGCGUAACCGCCAUCAAUACUCCUGCGAUUUAUGAUUUAAUUCGGUCUCCGUUUUCACCUUGUAAUCGAUCACGAGUUAUUCCACCCACUGAUAAAAUAAAUUUAAAGAAUUGAAAAUCACUUCUCAUGUUUUAGAUAAAGUUUUCGUUUUCUCACCUGCAUCAAUAGCCCAGAAGAUCAACAGAAAAGCAAAGUGAAGAUUCUUCAUGCUUAAAAUGCAAAGCGUACUAAGAGCCGAUGUAAACAAAACAAGAUGAAGCAAUAUAUAUGCAAAGGCAAAUGAAAUUGGCCAAUCAUGAAGCAGAAUAAAACGGUGGCCGGUGAGGGACAUUUCAAUUUCUCUUUUUUUUGCUUAAGUUAUCGCGCGAUAAGUUAAAAUUAUCGCGCGAUAAAAUGAACAGUUAUCGCGCGAUAAUUAGUCACUUUGUCGCGCGAUGAAUUGCAACAUAUGACAUGAUAAAGAGAAGCCUGACCUCACGCUUUCUACCCACGUGUUUAUAGCCUUUAAUUCUCAGAGUUUAGCUUUUACAAGUAUAUCUUUCAGAGACCUUCCUUGUUUGUACGAUAUAAAUGGAGGUUCUUUGUAGGUCUGUCUAAGAAGAGGUUGGUUCUCUAUCAGUUGCCAGUGUUUCAUAAGAAUGUUUUUUACAGUAAGGCUAGGAACUGAUGGUUGAUAUUGCGCGACAAAGGGCAAAAUGGUUUUUCCUCUUGAAGGUUUUUGUUGGAGUGCUUCUUUCCUGUUUUCAAAGUGUAUUUCAGAGAGAGUUAGAGCUAUUAAAUUCUGUAUUAAAAUAUCCUCUAUCCAACUAUAAGGUUAUGCCAAUCAAUUUUGAAACGCAGAUUUCCCUCCGUAGAUAAGCCCCUUCGAAUAUAAGCCCCUCAAAAGAGGCCUUUGAAAAGUAUAAGCCCCGGGGCUUAUUUUCGGAAUUUUGCGGUACCUAACCUAAAGUGCGAAAGCGGAAAGCAAUGAAAUGAAUAUUGCUUUAAGGAAAGCGGAUCUGAGGCUUUAGAAUACGAUGAUGUCAUACAUAACACAACACAUGCCCCGCGUGAGGGAUGCUAUGGAGGUUUUGGUGUGGACGGGCGAAAAAGAUUAGAAUGAAAGCGAAUGUUUUUGGAAAACGGAAAAAAUUCUCCGUUAUUAAAAAUAUCCGGAUACGUGUGGACGAGGCAACCAAAAAAGGGAUCUAUAAAAAAGUGAUGAGGAGGGGUGUAGGAGUUUCAGCUUUACCUGUAGGUUUUUGGGUUCGCUAUGUGACAUUGUUUUGCUUUUCUUAGCAAGUAUGUAUUUUUUUUUUCUGGCUGUAAGCAUGUUUGUUUUGGAUCAAUUCAGGUUUCUGUGAAACUGCCCACCUACCCCUCCCCUAAGCCAUCAUUUUGUCCUAAGCGAGAAGUAAGUGUUAAUGUUAGCUUAGGGGAGGGGUAGGUGGGCAGUUUCCAUGGAUUUUAUUUCCCGCUCAUUCACGUUUCUAAAUAGAAAAUUACUUAAUACAUUGAUAAAGAAAAGCACCACAGGAUAGUACUAUAGCUUUGAUUUGAAUAAUCACACUUAAGGAUUUGAUCCACAGUCUAAAACGUUAGGCCCACCUUGCUAUUGCCCUUGCACCGCCUAAUAGACAUAACCACAGGAAAGUAAUGCUCAGUAGCUUUCAUUUGAAUGGCCACACUUAAGAAUUACAUCCACAGAUUCAGAAUUAGAACCAUCUUGUACAGCAUAAUAAACAACACCCCAAGAAAGUUCUGCUCAGUAGCUUUUAUUUAAUAGUUACGGCUUUCGGAUUUCAUCUACACACUCAAAAGUUAGAACCAGUUUGUACAGCACCAUAAACAGUACCACAGGAGAGUUCUGCACAACGGAAACGCUUUACACGUUCUCACUAAGCUUGAUUCCUGGGUACAUUGCUGUGGUUCUGUCCCAGUAGUUCCGCUUAAGCUCAGAAUUUUCGAGAAUUUUUAUCAUGAAUAAGAAAAGGCGAGACAUUUUCCGCAGAAAGAACAAACUUUAAUAGCUACUUUUACAACAGAUUUCACUAGGAUCCCAAGGGUUUGCAUAACAGUCGAGAAUUCUCCCCGUCGUAAAGAUUUAAAGAUUGCAGAGCGGGUGAAACAAACGCGCGCGCGGAGAAUCGCUUCCCGCGCGGGGACGCCCCUCCACCGCGCGCCGCGUCUCCCCGAGCGAGGUGAUUUUCUCAACGCUGGCGCGUUUCGUAUUCUCUUAUUGCACCAAGAGUAUCCAGAGACAAAUCGUACUUUCACAUGGGGUUUUUAAGCAAGCUGUACAGAAAGCUAAUCACAGGUGUGACGGGUUGUUCAAAAGGGAAACCUGCUUCGAGCUCGUUGAAAGGCAAAUUAGAAUUACCCCCUUUCAAAAACAAAAACAAAAAAAUCGACAAAAAUCUCUUAAGAAACAACGCAAUAAAGAAGUCCUUUGGUGUUCCUCUAUUAUAUACAAAAUGUGUUACAUAUUUUUUCUCAUAUAGCUGGUUAGCCUAUUAGCACUUCGGUCUUUAAGCAGGGGUGCGUUUUACCCCGUUGAUCAAAUAGAACACAACUCUUAUCUGGCAUUCGGUAAACGAAGCUUCUUGGAUGAGCUUAUUCUUCUUAUAUAAACUAUGAUAGGUGAUGAUUCUUGCGAUGUGGAUAAUCACGAGGACAAUAUCGCUGAUGGUAACAGCAAAUGACGAUGACUGCGAUGAUGAUGAUGGGGAUUGUGACGAUAAUGAAGAUGAUGACGAUGAUGAUUAAGUUCACAUUUAUGAUAACGGUGAUGAUGAUGAUUGAUGAUGAUGAUGGUGUUUACAAAAAUGAUGACGAUGAAUAUUAUGUUAAUAAUAACAAUGCUGAUAAUGAUUAUGUUAAUAAUUAUGAUGAUGAUGAUGGUCAUAGUGGCGAUAAUAGAUGA